AUGAUCAGCGCAUCAUCAUCGUUCAGCCGUGCAGGAAGAAGGGUCCUGACGACAACCACCACCACCUCAAACAGUCGUCACCUCUGCACCCUCCUCCACAACACUCGUUCCACCACCGCGCGUAUCCCCUCUAUCACCACCAUCAAGUCUCUCACAGCAACAACAACAACAUCAUCAUCAACAGCGAGGUCAUGGUACACAACAACACCAACCCUCUUCCGUAAAUUCGAAUCCCACCACGACCACGCCAACAUCCACAACCCCUCCCCCUCCUCUACCAAAUCCGCCCCAGCCUCCGCCUCCGCAUCAGGAUCGCAGGAACAAGAAGACGACGGCGAGAUCCCUCCCAAGGACGCUGUAAACAAGGCCCUCCUGACAGAUGCCGACGAUCUGAUGGUCGGGAACGAAGGUCUGGAAACCAUUGAUCCCAAGGACUUUCCCGAGUUGUAUCCCCAUGAGCAUGAGAUUGAAGGGUUGAGUCAGGAAUCUCACCCAGAUAAUGAGCGGGAUUUCGAAGGGUUCCGGGAGGGUGAGGAUGUGGAGAUCGAGGUACAGGAGAUGGAAGAGAGAAGGUCGGUGCUGUUGUCGGAUAAGCCCCGGUCGGAGGAUGAGUUCUCGUGGUUCGUGGAUGAGUCUUACCCCGACAAGGCUACCACUGGCCAGGAAGAAGAGUUUAUCCCCCUGUGGCAAAAGAACGCUCAACGCUCGCCUGAUGGCGCUAUUGACGAACAAUCGGGAGCUGGAGAGCCAGAAUACACACCAGACUCGAUCCCGGGGCUGGUGAAGCUGUUGGAAUCGGAGCGGGCAAAGAACAUCAAAGUGAUUGAUAUGCGAGAUAAGUGCGAUUGGACCAAUUGGAUGGUCAUUGCUGAGGGCUUGAGUGAGCGCCAUUUGGGGAAUGUUGCUGAUGAGGUCUACAGUGCCUUGAAGAAGACAUCCCCAAGCACAAGCCCACCAGUCAUGGAAGGACGCGACACCUCGGAUUGGGUAGUGAUCGACGCUGGAUCCGUCGUGAUCCACUUUAUGACCCCCGAGGCCCGGAAAGAACGUGACCUCGAAGGAUUGUGGGCUUCGGUCAAGAACCCGUUGAAGAUGAAGGAUGUGGAUGAGAUCUCGUGGGAGGAUGUGAAGGGCAAGAUGACCAAGAGUUGGAAGGAGGAUCACGGACGGUCGAGGGGAGAGGAUGGCAAGAGGGGCCGGAGGGGUGAGAGGGAUAUUCCUUUGUCGGAUGUCGUCAAGUGGUAG